ACUUUUGUUUUUAGUUGUCAAAAAAUUAUCCUGAUAUUAACUGACGUGGAUUUGAAAAUUCACUAAAGCUGAAUUAUUGUACACUUUUUCAAUAAAUUUCAGUAAUCAUUUCAAAAAUGGAUAUCGCCACACUAUUCGACGAUGUGCAACGUAUGAACAAAAGACAGUUCUUAUACCAGGUUUUAAGCUUUGGAAUGAUAGUUUCGUCGGCAUUAAUGAUAUGGAAGGGUUUAAUGGUCGUAACAGGCAGUGAGAGUCCAAUUGUAGUUGUAUUGUCAGGUAGUAUGGAACCAGCAUUUCAUAGGGGUGACUUACUGUUUCUAACAAAUUACCCCGAAGAACCAGUGAGGGUAGGAGAAAUUGUUGUUUUCAAAGUUGAAGGUCGAGACAUUCCUAUAGUGCAUAGAGUAUUGAAAUUACAUGAAAAAGAUAACCAGACUGUAAAAUUCUUAACUAAGGGUGAUAAUAACAGUGUUGAUGAUAGAGGGCUGUAUGCACCAGGUCAGUUAUGGUUAACUAAGAAAGAUAUUGUCGGUAGGGCAAGGGGAUUUUUACCUUAUGUUGGAAUGGUCACUAUUCUUAUGAAUGAAUACCCUAAAUUUAAGUAUGCUGUUCUGGGUUGUUUAGGAUUGUAUGUCUUAAUUCACAGGGAAUAGACUUGGAUGUAACUUUUUUCAAUGAAAUAACUGAAUGUUA